ACCUACACCAAGCCAUGGAAAGACUUCUGCACUGAGAGGGAGAAUUUGAGAAAAACCGAGUCAGAAAAAAGAAUCUGGUAAAAUGGAAAGAAGACCUUUUCAUUCCAACAACUUGCAUGAUUUCUUGUCAUGUACAGCUGAGACCCAGAGAAAGCUAUUUGCUACAGUUAUAUUGUGUCUCCUUGGGUUUUUAUUCUGGUUAGCUGCUGUGGCUUUAUUGUUUGGUGGAACUUUUGUGAUCCUUACUUUCAAGAACUACAGACUCUUCCUUCAGAAUAAUUUCUUCCUUGUGCCAGGCUGGUUAGUUAUUAUAGCUGCACUUUUGCUAUUCAUGACUGGUGUGUUUGCCAUGUGUACACCAGUUAAUGCCCGCCAUCGUCGAGGGACUUUGAUGUAUUUGUUGGUGAUCCUUUUCUGUCUGGAAACCUCUUCAGUAGUUAUGACUCAGCUCUACACCGCUAAGGUGAGCAGUCAACUGAAAGGCACCAUGGACUAUUUCUUUCACCGGUACAAUAUGACUGUUCCGAGUUACUAUGCCUAUGAGGCUGUUGAUACAAUCCAUAAGCAGCUGAGGUGCUGCGGGAUCUAUAGUUACACUGACUGGACCACAGGGCCACUUCCACACCAUCUCCAAUCUGGGCAUGUCUUUGUCCCUGAAAGUUGCUGCAGAGAGACUUAUUUGGACUGCACUGGGGAUGUGAGUCACUUGGAGAAACUCUUUAAAGAAGGCUGUCUCAGGAAGCUGGAAGAGAGACUGGAUUUUGACAUGCAGUUUAUGACUUGGACUUGUGUCGUUACGGGAUGCCUGGAGUUAUUAGCUGUGUUCUGCAAUGGUGUGCUUAUGAAGGAGCACUCUUGCCAUGACUUCAGAAUCCUUGAUUCUGCUACUUUCUCAUAGCCUUGAGAAGCAAACAGUAUUUAAUAUAUUAUUUGUAUUUCUUGAGUCAGUUGGGCAGUAAUACUUACAACUGGUCCAGCUGUUCUACAUCUAUGGAAAAAUCUGCCUUGUACUGCUUCUGCCUUCUCAAAUUCCUUCUAGGCAUACAAUUGUCAAACUUGCUGCAUUGGCUUUUUUAAAACAAAAAAGACCAAGAGUAAAUAUUGCAUAUAAAACUC